AUGCCUGCGACGGAGCAGACGACGACGGGAGCAGCAGCAGCAGCGGGAGCGACGUCGACAUCUUCGAACAACUCUGAAGAAGUCAUCUUAGCGUUGCAAAGAGAGAGGAAGAACCAGUAUCUGUCGUUCAAGAAGUUUGGGGAAUUCAAAAACAUGAGUUCUAUUAAAAGUAAAGGGAAACUCACCGCCCUUGGGUACAUCUAUGUUUGCAUUUCUGCGAUUGUUUUUCUCCUGUAUUGGUUCGUGGACGCCGUGGAUGGGAGGUACGCGAGUGUGCUCUUAUUGGCGAGCUGUUUCGUGGUGAGAGUGCACCCGGCGUUUAGUAGCGCGACUGGUAAAUUGAGGUGA